AUGGAAACAUUGGUGACGUUCCUCCUCAUUGGAUCUCUGAUACAAGGUGUUUUUUGUGUCUAUAGUGUCAAUCUGCCGCAGAGAGUAGAAGCUCUACAAGGAUCCUGUGUUUUCAUACCGUGCACAUUUGACAUCGAUCAACAACUAAACAUUUACCUCACUAAUAAUGCAAAGAGAAAAUGGUUGACUAGUUCAACACUAGUGUUUGACUCCAGCAGCCCCAACACUGGACUGUUAAAAGGAGAAAUAUUUGGCACUGCUACACAGAAAAACUGCACCACACGCUUCGAUAAUGUCAGUCAGAGUCAUAAUGGCUCAUAUUACUUCAGACUUGAAAGCAGCAGUGCAUUGCAAUAUAGUUACUUAUACUCCCAAGUUCAAAUUGCCGUCUUAGGAUCUCCACCCAAACCCACACUGAGGGUCUUUAAGGAUCAGCAGGAGCUGAUGAAGAUGAUGGAGGUGAUUGAGGGAAGUUCAGUGAAUCUGCGCUGCUCUACUAAGAUCUUCUGUCCGUCUCGUCCACCAUCUCUCAGAUGGAGCUCAUCUCUUAAUGAGAACGUCACAGAAAAGCAGUAUCAGAACCAAUCUGAGUUCAUCUCUGAUCUGAACUUGACUGUUUCUCACCGUCAUCAUAGAGUCACUUUCUCCUGCACUGCAACACACCAGCUACAGCAGCCGAUCACAACACAAGAGUCCUGGAUGCUACUAGUUCAGUAUGCUCCUAGAAACACAUCGGUGACGAUAAAUCCAGCUGGUUUAGUUCUGGAGGAUCGUUCUGUGACUCUGAGCUGCAGCAGUAAUGCAAACCCAGCAGUGAACUACACCUGGUACAGAGACACUAAUGGACUCCUGAAUCCAGUUCAGACUGGACCAAACUUGACCAUUAAUGAUACAGACUCGACACACAGAGGACGAUACUAUUGUACAGCUGAGAACAAACGCGGCACACAGAACAUAUCAGUGCUGCUGGACGUCCAGUAUGCCCCAAAAAACACAUCGUUGUCAGCGUUUCCCUCCAGCUCAGUGAUGGAGGGCAAACCAGUGACUCUGAACUGCAGCACUGAUGCAAACCCAGCAGAGCUCAACUACACCUGGUACAGAGAAACUGGAUCUCAAUUUGAGCUCCUCCAAACUGGAUAUAAUCAGACCUACAUUGUGACAAACCCUACACAUGGCGCAUGGUAUGGCUGUAAUGCUCAAAACCAGUAUGGUCAAUGCAACACAACAAUUCAACUUGAUGUUCAGUUUGCACCCAAAAUCUCCAGCUCUUGUAGCCGAAACAGCGCAAUAGUGUGUGUCUGUGAGGCUCGUGGGAAUCCCUGCCCUACACUAGAGUGGCGUCUGUCUGGACAGGCGCUCGCUAACUCUACAGAAACAUCCAUCAGUGUGGAGACGUUAGGAAGCACAGGAGUGAAGAGUGUCCUGACCACCCAUAGGUCCCUCACGGACGUCCUGCAGUGUUUCAGCGCAAACAUUUACGGCAGCUCAAGUCAGUUUCAGCCCAUCCCACCGCCACAAGAGCCAAGUGAGAAACACAAAACAGCAGCUUUAUCUGAUUGA